GGAUGGGCGUCGUGCGCAUGCUGUGGGAGGACGUGUUUGGCGGCGACUGGUGGAAGAUGGCGGUCCCUGCGGUUCUCUUUGCGCUCCAGAACAACCUCAUCUACGUCGCCGCGCGCAACCUGUCGGUCCCCGUCUUCCAGAUCACGUUUCAGCUCAAGACGGUCGUGACGGCCAUCACGGCGGUCGCCAUGCUCGGUCGGCGCCUCACGGCGGUCCAGUGGGCGACGCUCGUCUCGCUCGGACUCGGCGUCGCGACGAUGCAGCUCGGCGCCAUCCACGCCAAGGCCAAGGAGCACGGCGCGCACCCGGCGGCGUCGACCGAGUCGAUGAACUACGUCGCCGGCAUCUCGGCCGUCCUCGUGUCGUGCUUCUCGAGCGCGAUCGCGGCGACCUACUUCGAGCUCGUCAUCAAGCGCCAGCCCCCGGCGAGCCUGUGGGUCCGCAACAUCCAGCUGUCGCUGUUCAGCUCGGUCAUCGGCCUCGUCGUCGUCCUCUUUCAGGCGAGCCACCACUGGUACGACCCGGUCGUGCGCGCCGGCGAGGGCUUCUUCGAGGGCUUUAGCGGCAACCCGAUGGCGUGGGCCGUCAUCUUCCUCCAGACGGUCGGCGGCCUCCUCAUCGCCGUCGCCAUCAAGCACGCCGACAACAUCGCCAAGGGCUUUGCCCUGUCGAUCUCGAUCGUCUUCACCUUCCUCCUGUCGGUCAUCCUGUUCAACUUUGAGCUGUCGACGCCGUCCGUCCUCGGCGCGACCGUCGUCGUCGCGUCGACCCUCCUGUUC